AUGAGGUCUGAUUCGUUAUCAGCAACAUUCAUACAUUUUCUUUGUAAAACUUUAAGGGCAUUUGAGCCUGUGUAUCCAGAUAAUCUGUGCAUCGAUCUGAAGACAUUUUGCAAUGCCUUUCCUUUCCACAUUGUGUUUGAUGAAGAACUCCAGGUCAGACAGGCAGGGGUGACUAUUCAGAGAAUUGUGCCAGGGUUACAGAGCAGGUGCGGCCAGCUGGAUCAAUAUUUCAACAUCCAGCAUCCACAGGUGACUUUCAACAUCUGCAGCAUCCGCAAGUUCAUUAAUAGCCAUUUUGUUUUGCGGACACGAAGAGACAGAAUGCCUAUGGCUUGGAGAGAGAGACCCAUGCUAGAACUGAGAGGACAAAUGUUAUGGAUGACUCCAUUGCGUUGCAUGCUUUACCUAGCAUCACCAUUACUUCGCAGCUUGCAGGAGCUGGAGGAGCACUCCAUGCACCUCUCCGAUAUUGCUCCACAUGACGCUACACGUGACCUGAUCCUGCUCAACCAGCAGCGACUGGCAGAGAUGGAGCUCUCCAACCAGCUAGAACGAAAAAAGGAAGAGCUUCAUCAGCUCUCAAAACACCUUGAGGAGGAAAAGCAGAAGACGGAGAAUCUACUGUAUGCCAUGCUGCCCAAACACGUGGCCAACCAGCUGAAAGAGGGCAAGAGAGUAGAGGCAGGUGAAUUUGAAGAGUGUACCGUCCUCUUCAGCGAUGUGGUGACCUUCACCAACAUCUGCUCUGAGUGUGAACCCAUCCAGAUUGUUUCCAUGCUCAAUUCCAUGUAUCUGAAGUUUGACCGUCUUACCACUAUACACAAUGUUUACAAGGUUGAGACAAUUGGAGAUGCUUACAUGGUUGUCGGUGGCGUGCCCAUCCCAAUGUCAAGUCAGACUGAGCGUGUGGCCAACUUUGCCCUAGGCAUGAUCAUAGCUGCAAAAGAGGUCACUAACCCUGUGACUGGUGGCCCUAUACAGAUUCGAGUGGGCUUGCACAGUGGACCGGUCUUGGCAGGGGUGGUUGGUGAGAAGAUGCCUCGGUAUUGUUUGUUUGGAGACACAGUUAAUACGGCCUCCCGAAUGGAGAGUCAUGGACUGCCUGACAAAAUCCACCUCAGUCCCAGUGUUUAUCAUGCUCUAAGAAAUAAAGGCUAUCAGAUGGAGGAGCGUGGAGAGAUAGAGGUAAAAGGUAAAGGAAGAAUGCGCACCUACUUCCUGCAGAGGAACCUAAAAGUCACAGAGAGUGAGAUCAUGGGGCUUUUGGUGCCCAACGCUGACUCAGACAGGAAGAUGAAUCAUUCUACACAAGCUUCACAGCUUCUUCACUAUAGCCCAUCAUUAAAAGCUACCCAGAGACUGCAGAAAGGAGACAGUUUUCCAAUGGUACCAAUGAAAUAUGGAGAUAGUCCAACAGAGAGCAAACCUCCCACACAAUUUACUGAACCUCAGCACAGCACUAUAACAGGUAAGCCACGAGAUUCGGAGAGUUACGGCAGUCUUUACAGUGAGGAUGAGCCUUCUGAGCUCACAAAGGACGGCACACACAACAAGACAGAGAAUAAGAAACCUUCAGCUGAUAAACGCAGCAAACAUGUUCACACUAGGUUCUGCUUGUUAUUCUGACCUGUUUCUUAAACCCAGAUGUAUCCAAUAUGUUACACUGUAACUCUAAAGAGUUUAAUAUAAUGACCUAUGCUGUUAAUAUGGAAAUUGUAAGUCAGAGACAAGUUAAUGGUCAUGUACUAAAUUAUUAUUGAAGUGUUUUCUACACCUCAAAUAGUCUAUGAGAUAAAUAUUUCUGUUUUUAGCAUUUAGGUUUGACUAUUUUCUCUUUAUUAAUUUCACAAAUGAGUGGCUUUGUUUUACCUUUGGGUUAAACAUGGAAGUGAUACCUAAAAGAAAUGUCAACCCCUGAGCAAUAAUUGAUUUCAGGAGUG